AUGAUUGAUCUGAGAAUAUUUCCAGUGACUCCAAGGAUUCUUCUCUUCAUUUCUUCAUUGACUCCCUUCGAUUCUCCAACCAAUCGAUCAAUACAAGAUUCAGAAGGAAUAGAAGAACCAGAAGGUGGUGGGGGAGUCAAGAAUAGAGCGAACGACAUUUUCUUGAGAGAACUCGGAAGAGAAAUGGACGUGAUCGAAUCUGUUGUUGUUUUCCAUUGCUCUGAUUCUGACUGCAUCCAAUUUGAUACUUCUUAUCGUAUCCAUCGAAUCGGUGAUCCAGAAUAUCUUGAGUUUGUGGAACAGUUCCAUUCGCGUAGACUGGCUCGAAUCGUUUCGACGCAAUUUCAGCAGCACGUGGGUCUUGUUUUCGAACUUUGUCGUAUAUCUGGAAUAUUAAGUAAAUUAAAUCUAUUUCCUCAUUUCGGAAACUCACCCUUCGCUCCAAACUAUCAUCUCGAAGAUAUUCCAAAGCAUUCGUUGCCAAUGGAUUGUUUCGAACCUCUUCAUCAAGAGCCACCCAACACAUAUGAUUCGCUUCGAUCGCCUCAGCUGUUGUUCGCCCUUCGGGUACCACACUGGCCAGCAGUCUGA